AUGGCUCCUUCAGUACUUGUGGAUCAGAUCAGUCAGGCUGUGCCGACCAAGUCGAGCGAUCGCACACUUCUGCGAGUCUCCCACCCCAACCCGUCGUUACAGGUGACGGCAGAUCACAACCUCAAAUCGGCCGAAGCACCGGUUUACAGUCCUCGGGCUGGCGAGGCCCUGGUGCACAUCAAGGCCACCGGAAUUUGCGGCUCAGAUAUUUACUUUUGGAAGACUGGGCGCAUUGGGUCAUUGGUAUUUGAAGGCGACUGCAUCAUCGGCCAUGAAGCGUCCGGUAUUGUGUUGCAGUGUGGAGAGGGUGUUACCCAUUUAAAGCCAGGUGAUCGUGUGGCUGUGGAACCAGGUGUGCCUUGCGAACACUGUUUCUUAUGCGACGAGGGCCGAUACAAUCUAUGUGAGGAUGUUCAUUUUGCCGGUGUCUAUCCUUACGAAGGCACCAUCCAAAGAUACAAGAAUCACCCGGCGAAAUGGCUACACAAACUCCCCGACAACGUCACUUUCGCCGAGGGUGCCCUUCUCGAACCACUUUCGGUGGUGAUGCACGGUGUCAAGACUGCUGGUCUCUCCCUGGGCCGGGGGGUCGUGGUGUGUGGCGCCGGACCUAUUGGGUUGAUUGCCUUGGCCGCCGCCCGGGCCUCUGGAGCGCAUCCAAUUGUGAUCACCGACUUAGAGCCCGCUCGACUGGCCUUUGCCAAGGAAUUUGUCCCGUCGUGUAUCACAUACCAAGUUGAUCGUACCAAGGAUGCCCAAGGAAACGCAGAAGCGAUCCGUGCUCUCUUUGGGUCUCAUGAGUAUGUCGCACCUGAGACAGUCCUCGAAUGUACGGGCGUGGAAAGUAGCGUGUGCACUGCUGCUUACACUGCCCGACGUGGAGGAACGGUGAUGGUCAUUGGCGUUGGAAAAGCGAUCAUGAAUAACCUACCCUUCAUGCAUAUUUCACUUGCCGAGAUUGAUCUUCGAUUCAUCAACCGCUACCGGGAUACCUGGCCCCCAGCCAUUGCUUGCCUGAGCGGUGGUAUCCUCGAUCUGCGAAAACUGGUCUCACAUGUCUUCCCUCUGGAAAAGGCAGAGGAUGCGCUCCACCUGUGCGCGGAUACGCGGAAUGGCAGUAUCAAGGUUCUGGUCGUAGAUGAGCAGGAUGCUUCUUUAUGA